AUGGCUGCUUCGAUACAAGCGGUCAAACGAGAAGGCUUUGACCGCGUAGCAUUCCAACUGUGUUUCCUGCAAUUCCAGCCCCAUACCGCAGAGCUAUACCAAAGUCGCGAGGAACCUAAGGUUGGGGCCUCCCAGGACCCCUCGGUCUACAGUGAUGAGUGCCGCCAGCGCCAUGAUUACUACAGGAAGAAGCACGGAGUGCCUGGACUGAAGAACAAUGAAACGCUUCGCCUCUUGGCGCAAGACUGGGCAGAUCAUCUUGCCGCACAACCAAAGGGAUCACCUCUUGAACACCGUCCAGAUAACAAAUACGGCGAAAACAUCUACACUGCAUCGUCCAGCAGCCCCAGCUUCAUGGUCAAUGCCCAAACUCCCGUUGAUUUCUGGUACAACGAGAUCAAGGACUACGACUACGCUAAUCCAGGCUUCUCGUAUAAAACGGGACACUUCACCCAGGUCGUCUGGAAAUCCACCACAAACGUGGGAUGCGCCAUAAGCAAAGCGGCUUCCCGAAGCACAUACUUCGUUGUCUGCAACUACAACCCCCCGGGAAACUAUCUGGGGCAAUUUAAGCAGAACGUGCUCCCAGUGGCUUCCGGCUGA